AUGUCGCGUACAUUUUCCAGCUACCUGGUUUCGCCGAAUGAGCUGAACCAAGCUCUCAAGGCCAAUGCUCCAUCGCGUCUCUCCACUGCACCAAAAACGGUUCCAGUCUGCGCUUCUUGGUUCCUACCGAACGAUCCCCAAAAACGAACCGGUAUACAAGUCUACAAGCAGGGCCACAUUCCCAAUGCUCGCUUCUUCGAUAUCGAUAAAGUCGCCGAUACAUCGAGCCCGUAUCCGCACAUGCUACCAACCCCGGAGGUCUUCAAGAAUGCUAUGAGCGAGCUGGGCAUCUCUAGAGACGAUACAGUUGUAGUCUACGACACCGCAGAGCUCGGGAUUUUCUCCGGCCCUCGAGUGGCAUGGACUUUCAAAGUGUUUGGCCACCCAGGGGUCCACCUUCUCAACAAUUACAAGCUCUGGGUGGAGCAGGGACUCCCCGUAGAAGAAGGCGAACAGAAGAAGUGGGAGAAAACGGCCUACCCACUUCCAGAGCUGGACCACUCUAGAGUCAUUGCUUUUAGUGAAGUGAAGGAGAUUGCCAAGGACUCCAACAAAGAAGGCCGUGAAGACAUCCAGAUCCUCGAUGCUCGCUCAGAGGGCAGAUGGAGGGGGAAAGACCCAGAGCCUAGACCUGGACUGUCAUCUGGCCGCAUUCCAGGGAGCAAGUCCGUUCCUGUACCCGAUUUGCUCGAUCCAAAGACGAAAGCUUUCCUCCCGCCAGACGAGCUACGAAGGAUCUUCCAGCAAAGAGGUGUUGACCCCGAGAAGCCAAUCGUAUCAAGUUGUGGAACAGGCAUCACCGCGACGGUCAUCGAUGCCGCUCUGACUGUGGCUGGUUAUGGGGAGGGAAGUCGACGAAUCUAUGACGGCAGCUGGACUGAGUGGGCGCAGAGAGUAAAGCAGAGUGAUAACCUGAUCGUGAAGGACGAUUGA